GCUUGUUUGAGGGGACAUUUUUUAUUUGUCAUGACGCGGUGGACUUCACGCUCUUGACUUCCGGUGAAGACCUAGCGUGGCACACUUGGUCAAUGGAAUAUAAGUUAGGCUGCUACAAGAGGUAUACCAGUAUCACGUGUUUUACGUGAAGUAGGAAAAGUCCAAAAUUUUAGAAUUCCUUUGUCGACACUAAAUAAAAAAAACUCAUAUUAGUUGAGUCUGCUCGAUCCGUAUUUCACAAUAAAGAUUCGGAAACUGGCGUAAGUUGGAAAAACUUUGUAUAUUUAUAAUAAUAUCACAUCCCAUGUGAAAAAGUGAAAAUUAUAAGUGCUACAUUAAUAUAUCAUAAAACUUUACAGUAAGUUAUACUCAAAUUGCAAUAUAAAUAUAAGACUGAAGUAAUUUAAUUAAGUUAUUAAUUCCAUUGAGUCUGACCUUAAGAAGAAAUGAUUAGUCCACUUGGCGGAUACGCUUCAUUAGCAUAUCGUAACAACAAUUUAAAUCUAUUCAUGACCUAUGCACCGAGAUCAUUUGUUAAUAUAUAUGUUAUUUAUUGUCGCACCUUAAACAAAUAUUUCACUAAACGUAUUUUCUUAUUAUUAAUUUACACUUUAUGUGCAAAUGCAAUCAUGAGCUAUGGCCUAUGUGUGUUCAUGUUUCGUUUUUUUUUUGUAAACACUGUACCGCUAACUUGAGACCCAUUCAAUCUAAACAUAUAUGUUUGUUGGAGUGGAUACGACAGAUAAUAAUAGACAACUUUGAUUAAAGACUUCGAGUAUUACCAAAAAAAAACACUUCGGUUAUUUAUCAAUCUAUUUUACAUUUUCGUUUAAUAGUUAAUUUUAAUGAAAUGUCUCAUUAACUAAAGACUAAUCUGUUUAAAACUACCAGUAAACAAUUAGGAAACCUCUUUAAAUAAAAAUUUGUCACCAAAAAUAUUUGUGAUGAAGUGAAUGGUGAUCAACUGAUCAACAUGUAUCACCGGUUAGCUUUGGAACACCAGAACAACAGAUUUUUGCCAAUCUAAACCAUUAAAACUGAAGUACAAAAAUGAAUUACCCCAGACUUUUCCACAAUAAUUACUAAACUAUGCCACUGCCUUAAACUAUGUCGUUUUGUUAAAAAUCGCCACCUAUAAUUACCAAAAACUGUGUCGUUUCUUUUAUGACUUGCGUACUAAGUGAUUUCGACACCCACACCUAAUCAUUUAUUACCCACGGACCGAGAUCAACAAUACGAUCUUAUCACCAUAUAUUUUUGGGAUUUCAAAAUCAUAACUAAUUAAUUAUUACUCUCCUUAACAAAAUUAUCUUCCUAUAUUCUCGCUAUUCAUAUAUUCUUGCUAAUCAAGCAUAAUAUCUAACUAUUAAAAACCUACAUUCCUAAAGAGUCGUGAAUAGUUAAUAAAAUAAUCAUUUUUAGGAAGAUAAUUAUAUAUGUAUAUUCGGUUUUAAUGAUAACAUCACAACUAAAAAUAUCUUUCUAAAAUUUUCUCGCGUUAACCCUACUUUCUCAUCGCUAACUAUAUAUACAUCUUUCCCUACACCUACAAACAAUAUCGUUCAAAGCUGAAACCUCCCAAAAAUGUCGAUCAUGACUACUUUUGUUCCUCUCACGAAACUCAGGCCGUUUAAAGAUAACUGGCGAGUCCAAGUUAAAUGCCUUCAUUCAUGGAGAUCCAUCACACCUUAUUCAGAUACUUUUGAAUUGGUUUUAGCAGAUGAAUGGGUAAACUAUCUUAGUCGACCUUUUUAGACUUAUAUUUUAAAGAGUUUUUAUCCUUUACCAAUAUACUAAUAUAACUUUGUUCAUUUCUUAGGGAAACAAAAUCCAAGCAACUUGCAAAAAGACACUCAUGUCCCGUGUUCAACGUAAUAUACCUAUUGGAAAAUGGGUGGUUAUUGAAAAAGUUCAUAUGACAACAGCUGGUGGCCAGUAUAAAACAACACACCAUCCAUACAAGAUGAAUAUCUCAGAUGAGACUGUUGUUAGAGGUUCUGAUUUAUCUGAUGAUCGUAUUUUUCUUAAUCUUUCCGACUAUUCUCAAAUUGGAAAUGACCCUAAAGAGCUAUCCUUCCUCAUAGAUGUGAUGGGGAAAAUUCAUGACCUUGGUGAUGUUCUAACCGUCAGAGCACAAGGAGAAGACAGAAAGAGGGUUCAAUUUCGCUUAAUGGACACACGAGGAAACAGUCUUGUGUGUUGUCUAUGGGGUACUUAUGCUGAGCAAAUUGAAGCUUUUCGCGAUGAACACCAAGAUCGAUCUAUUGUUGCUUUGAUUAGGUUUGCUAAAAUCAAUUUCUUUAGAGGAGAGGUUCAAAUUACUAAUGCAUUUGGUGCAUCACUUCUGUACCUCAAUCCAACUCUUCCAGAAGUUUUAGAGUUGUCAGAAAGGUUGUCAGAUGAUCAACUACAGCUUGCCCUGCCUGAUAAUGGAAAAAAGGAUGGUAAACGCAUCAAAUAUGAUUGGAAUGAUGCUGAGGUCAAACCGAUUUCGGAAGUUCUUUCAGCAAAUCAGGUGGAGAUUUGUAAAAUCAUAUGCAGUGUUGAAGCAAUCGACACUGACUGGACAUGGUUUUAUUUUGGCUGUAACCGCCAUCAGAAACGUGCCAAUAAACUACCCAAGAUUGAUUAUGAAAAUCUGAGAAGAGGUGAUAAACCAAUGUUUCAUUGUGAACUUUGUAAUGCCAAUAUCACUAACGUGUUACCAAAAUUCAAACUACAUCUGGUAGUUAAAGAUAACACAGACACUUGCAAUGUAAUGUUACUAGGAUCUGUUGCAAAGUCCAUCAUUGGACAUAAAGCUGAGGACUUGUGGGAUGGUUCUUAUGCAGAGAUUGAAGAUCCAGAGAUACUUCCUGCGCCUAUUCAAGAUUUGGUGGGGAAGUCAUUCUGUUUUGGGCUAUCUAUAACUUCUGAUAACGUCACAAAUGGAUCAGGAAACUAUAUUGUCUUAGAGGUUUGUUCUGGAGAUAAAGUGUUAAGUAUUGAAACUGUCUCAGAGGCUAUUUCUGAUAUAGGAACAACUUCUUCUACCAUGUCAUCUGCUCCUUGCAUGCUGUUGGAUACAAACUCAUCAGAAGAUCCUAAAACUCCCUUUUCUAAGCGCAAGGACGAGAAGGAUGAUCUACCCGACAUAACAUCAUCCUCGAAGAAAAUGUGCACUAAAUUGAUCAAGGAGGAAAAGCAUAAAUCAGAUUAAUUAGAUAAUAUUCUAUUCAGUUCCUUCCCUUUUAUGAUGAGUUAUUGCUUCAGUUUUUGAUGUUUUUGCUACUUUGUUUUGAUUUUGUUACUUUGGUUUUUUUCUCCAUUGCUUUGUUUUGGUUUUUAUUUUCAUAAUAAGACCUACAUUUAAUAUUUUGAUGUAUUGCAACUUUGGUGUGUUUCUGUCUUAUUUUAUAUUGAAUUUUUUCACAUGUUUAAGAUAAUUUAUGUAUUUUAAAGGAGUUGCAACUUUGGUUUGUUUCCAUUGCUAGCAGACAUAUAUUUGAAUAAACGUAGUAUAACUUAACAACAUCCUAAUUCCCAGUAUAAGCCAACACACCUAACUAACCAUGGAAACAUCCUAAUUGUCUAAACCAGGCACUUAAUUCAAUCUAGCCUAAAAUAUACGUUAUGGAAAAGAUAACAUACCCGUGUUGAUUAAAAAUAGCCGAAUAUAUUGCAGAAGUUGGUCGUAGACUGGUCCUUAAGACAACCUUCUCAUCCAUCUCUUUGAUUAUAUUAAAUUCUGUGUUUGCUUAUUCAGCGUAAAAUAUAAAAAUGAGAAAAAAUUGUAUUAGUUUUUCAAAUAAGGUAUGAAUCAAUAAAUUAUAUCGAUAAAUAAUGGAAACUGUAUCACAAAAACCUAGAUUUCAGCAAUAAUCACAACCAUUUCACUAUAUUUAAGGUAACUAUAUAUUUUUCCUCAAUAAAUUUUUUUCCCUAAAUCAAAAGAUUAGAGAUUACCUGGUAAUCUGUCAUUUUUUUCGCCACAUAUCUCCUUCUUCUCCUUAUUGCUCAACGUUUUCUUCUGCAUCAUUGUCUAAGAUGUCUAAACGGAAAAAAAUUGACGACGGAAUAAGCAUUGGCACUCCCACCAUCUCCACAACACCGAUCAGAGAAU